CAGUUCGUUGCGGAUUUUCAAAUGGAUCACAUUUAAACCAUACGGUCGGUGUGUUAUACAAAAAAAAUCAAUCCGUUAAAAUUUUCUUUGUUAAAGUGACGAUUUUUUUUUUGGAAAAACUUUUGGGCGUGAAUUUACUGAAAUUCAUUUUGGUGGAAGAUUUUUCUGAAUCAUAGGGGAUUUCUUGUACCUACUUACAUAAAAAAAGGGUAAUGUGUGCUUUUAUGUUGGUGUGUCUGAGAAAAGAAAAUUCGUAAAUAUUUCACCUUGUAUUUAACCGAAAAAGGUGGGGAGGAGUGACCAAUUUCUCUGGGGGUAGUAUUGGGGGUAUACUGAGUUAUAUUAUUGUACAUAUGUGUGUACCAGCAAAAGAACUGAACAUCGAUUUUGUUCAAGCGGCUUAAUUUUACUUUAGAGACUAUACGAAAAAGUGAGGUAUAAUUAAUUAUGCGAUGAAAACGAUAAAAGUUCUUUUUUUCUUUCACAUCAACUUUUUCGAAUAAACUCACAUGAAAAGUCAUAUUUUCUCUUGAACAUUGGGUCAAUUUCUUGCUACACACAUUGUCAACUUAAUUCGAAAAUAACUCAAGAGAGUGGUUAGCUGCUACUGAAAAAUCAUAUAUAGAAAAUUCUAUUGAAAAAAAAAACUAAAUACCUACAAAAUAGUGUUUGUGAAAGGUUUGAAAAAAAGAAACGUCGAACAAAGUGUUGGAGCAUUAGGAAAAAAAAAAGAGUGAACAAUUUUCAUUAGAAAUACAUUUGUGUUAAGCAGAGGGAUGAGGAUGUGAUUGAAUUUUUGUGCAGAAAAAGCGCAAUACGCACAGUUUUCAGAUCCAGCUUGCGCGCUCUACUGCAGUCCCACAUCACGGUAGAUUCAUUAACAACCUACAGCGGAAAAUAUAUAUUUAUAUGCACCCGACGACAAAGGAAAUAACCAGAAUAUUUUAUAAACUAACCAAUUAAGGUUGAGAGCAACAGUUAAAAGGCUGUGGACUCCAAUCUAGCAACAAUUACACCAUCUUCGGAGGAAUAAUUCAAAGUUAAAUUUGCAAUUACAUUCAUAACAAUGAGGUUUUUGCAAAAUUUAUGACUACAACAAAACCGUUGUGCAAUCGAUAAAUUUUAGAAUUUACUGCAGCGGUUGGAAGCAAGAGCAAGGAGAGCUAUUUGAUACAAAGUGAAAGAGUUGAAACCAACGCUAAAUCUUAGAGGAAGAUGUCACAGUAUGGACUUGCCAUGUGAAAGAGUGCUGUUCAAAACGGAUCUACUGGUACCAGAAGCGACGCAUACCGGCGCUAAACAGCGGAAGCAUCGUCGACGCAACCGUAAAGUGGCGUGCGAUGCCGAAAACAUCUUUGAGCGCGUCUUCACAUCAGCAGAUGUGGCACAGGCCAUUGCAGGAAAGCUGUCGCAGCUGAUGACUUUUAGUAUUGCUAGAGCAUCCUAUACCAGUAGUCACUGUCUUGUACGGCAUUCUCUUUGCCUCUAUGCGGCAUCCAGCUUCAUCCUUGCUCUGUGCUAUCUGGCAACGCCGACAGCCGCUUCAGACAGCGCACAUCCCAUAUUUGCUGAAGGGAAAUCUGAUAAAGAAAUUCUAGAUCAUCUCCUCAAAAAUUCACGAUAUGAUAAGCGACUUUUACCGCCAGUAGACGAUGCAGAUUUCUGUUGCGGAAUGGAAUCGCCGGAAAUGGCAAAUAAUCUUUCGAUUCGAGCAACACCUGGACGUGUACAAAAUCGUGGAACCUUAACAGUUAACGUUAGCGUCCUAUUACUAAGUUUAGCAUCACCCGAUGAAUCUAGUUUGAAAUAUGAAGUUGAAUUUUUACUGCAACAACAAUGGUACGAUCCCCGUUUGAGGUAUGCCAAUCAAUCUCAAUACGAAUAUUUAAAUGCGAUUCAUCACCAUGAAGAUAUAUGGCUGCCAGAUACUUAUUUCAUAAUGCAUGGUGACUUUAAGGACCCAAUUAUCCCGAUGCACUUUGCAUUGCGCAUCUAUCGAAAUGGGACAAUCAACUACUUAAUGAGGCGCCAUUUGAUCUUAUCGUGCCAGGGACGGCUGAAUAUAUUUCCAUUUGACGAUCCUUUAUGUUCGUUUGCGCUCGAGAGUAUAUCGUACGAGCAAUCAGCUAUAACAUACGUGUGGAAAAAUGAUGAAGAUACACUGCGAAAAAGUCCAUCGUUAACGACACUCAAUGCGUACCUCAUUCAAAAUCAAACGAUAGCAUGCCCUAUAAAAGCAAGCUGGAGAGGGAACUACAGCUGCCUCAAAGUGGAUCUAAUAUUUACGAGAGAUCGUGCAUUUUACUUUACUACGGUUUUUAUUCCUGGCAUUAUACUCGUUACUUCCUCAUUCAUUAAUUUUUGGUUGGAAUGGAAUGCAGUACCAGCACGUGUUAUGAUUGGUGUCACAACAAUGUUGAAUUUUUUCACAACAUCCAAUGGUUUCCGGAGCACAUUGCCAGUUGUAUCCAAUUUAACGGCAAUGAACGUAUGGGAUGGCGUGUGUAUGUGCUUCAUCUAUGCAUCCCUUCUGGAAUUUGUCUGUGUUAAUUACGUUGGACGGAAACGUCCACUCCACAAUGUUGUUUAUCGACCAGGAGAGAAUCCUGUUACACAGCGACUUCCAGCUGUCCUUAGCAGGAUUGGAAUAAUUCUCGCAAGUCCCUUGGAAGUGAUCGAAUCAGAAUUUAUGGCGGCAAUAAAUGCAGAGAAACCACCAGAUACCCCAGCAAGGAAGGAAGUUGAAAAAGAAAAGGCAUCGCAUGAGAUGGACCAGGAUGAUGUAGAAAUGGGUGGCGGGGAGUCCCCUGUUAAACCACCACGAAGGAAAAUCUCACGCACAGUCCCUUAUGAGACUACGAUUAAUGGCAAUUGCGACGAUGAGGAGUCUGGCGAAAAGAAACGCGAAUCAGGAGGUCCUAAUGAGAUAGUUGCGUGCACGAGUUGCGGAGGUGGAACGAGCCCUUGCACACAUUCAGCAAACAACGGCUGUGCAACAGAGACAUGCUUCGUUCAAGUGCGAAAAAAAGAACCACCACACCCAAUAAGAGUAGCUAAAACAAUUGAUGUCAUCGCUAGGAUCACAUUUCCAACUGCAUAUGCUAUCUUUCUCAUAUUCUUCUUCAUACACUACAAGGGAUUCUCCUAGAAAUGGCUCAAUAUCGCGCAUCACCUUCAUCAAUUGAGAAUAUGGACAAGUAUUUUACAAUUUCGUCACUUCAUUUCUAUAUCUUUGUUAUGUAAGAUAAACCAGAAAAAAAAUCGAAUUUUCGAAAAUGGUUUUCGAAUAAAAAAAUACAAAUAGGUGCUUCAGUCUCUAUUAAAAGGUUGUAGGAAGAAAAUUAUGAGGAUUUAAUGUGAAUUACUUAUUCAAAAUAAGUAUUCAUUGACUAGACAUUUCAAAGAAAAAAAAUCACAAAAAAUUCUAAAAAUUGCAAAAAUUCAAUUACACAAAUAAAAACAUAUUGAGAAAACACCGCAUUUUUUUUCAAUUGAAAAUACAUAGCCGAAUCAAUGAUGUGGAGUAAAAAAAAACUGCCUUUCUUUAUGCAAAUCGAAGAUGUAAAUUAAAUUUUAUUGCAUAGAAUACGCAUUAGGUUGAAAGUUACUUUCGCAAUUUAUGGAAUCCAUAUUUUGUGUAUCGAGUUGAAAUGAAUAAAAUGUAAGGUAAUAAUAAUUAAAUUUAAUUAUCACCGCAAUUUCAAAUGUUUCGUGUGCAUUGAUCAGCUCACCAUUGAUGAGUAAAAGUGAAAAAAAAAUGUUAAAGAAACGUUAAAAAGCGACGAAAUCAAUGCUUUAUAAUUGACAUAUUUAUAAAGAAAAAUAUGAGUAAUUUUUUUUUUUCAAAUCAAAAAACAAUGUAAUAAUAAAUUAAUAAAUUUUAUGACAAAAAAAACUCUACUAAAUUCAAAUGUCUUUAACAAAAAAAUGAUUCCCCCUGAAUAUCUCUUCACCAAAAUGAACUGUGUUUUAAUAAGCGCAUAAAAAAUAUGUUCUCAAAUGAAUAUAGCCAUAAACAAUUUUAUUUUCUUGGAGCAAUAAAUGAGACUAAAUAUAAAAAAAAUUAAAAUUAAAAAAAAAACAUUAAAAAAGCGAAAUCUCUCAUAUUUCUAUCGGUUUUUUAUCUGUUGUGUAAAAACUAUACAUAUGUAUUUAUAUUAAUUAAUUUUUAAUUAAAAAGUAGAUGUAACUGUAUUACAACUAUAUUUCAUCUCAUAUUUUGUAUGUUUUUCUUUUUAAAACACUCCCAGGAAAAUGAAUAUUUGAUAAAUAUAUGUAUGUACAUAUUAUUUGAGAAAAUUUUUCUGUAUUGUUAAAAAAAAAACAAUGUAAAUAGUGAGAUUAAGAAAAAAAUGAAAAAGAAAUCAAUAUAAGUUAUAUUAUGUACAUACAUAACAUACAAUAUUAAAACAAAAAUCAGUAUAUUUUAUACACAUUAAAAAAUAUUCUAUAUACGAAGGAAAAUGUAAUAUUUCAUUGCACAUGCUUUUUAAAACCCGAAAAAAUAAAUAAAUGAGAUUUAUUGAGAAAAUGUGAAAAACCAUAUACUCAAAAAUUCUUCUCAAAUCCCAUUCCGGUGUCACUACUAUGGGUGAAAUAUUUGUAUUUCAGACGAGUUUGGGGACGAUAUGGUAAAAAUUGGACCAAAUUGUAAAACACUUUUAUGCUAUAAAAAAAAACUUUUAAUGAAAACGAAAAAAAAACUUGAAACGAAAUAAAAUAUUUUAGUAAAUUAUCUUGUAAAACGAAAAUUUCUUACCAAAACAACAUAACAAAAAAAAUGUGACAUUUUUGUACACAAUGCUUAUCUUGUGAUUUUUGUGCCCAAUAUUUUCAUUGACAUAUCAAUUUGCUGUGGAAUAUUUGAAAAAUAAAAAUUAUUUCUGUAAAAGCUACGCUAAUCACGAAAUAUUUUAUCCGUGUCAAACACAUUGCGCCUUCGACGGGAUUUGAUGACAAAGUCACACCAAAAGUGCACUAAUGGAGAGCAUGCCUUAAAUUUCUUAUUUCCCUUAUCUGUGACCAUUUUGCAAUAUUGUGAAGAAAAAUAUUUCACAGCAAAUAAAUCUUUUAGACAGAUAUGGGAUAAAAUACUUGGUAUUUUCACUCAUAUGAAACACCAUAUAAAUGAAACUGCUAAAUCCCCUAUAUAGAAAACUGUCGGUAUUCUUCUGAAAAAAAAAAUAUUUUUUAUGCUUGAGCGAUAAUUUUACUUACCUAUUUUUAUUUUCUUUUAAAAAUAAAACGCAAAAUUCAGGAAAUUAUUAUGCCAUUCAAGUUAUUUAAGGACAUGUAGUUUAAAUUACCCCAGUCUUUGUUAAAAAAAAAAUUUAAAAAAAAAACAUUUUUUAUUAAACUUCUUAAAAUAAAAGAAAUGGAAACUGAGAUAAAAGAACACAUUGGAUAGAGCUCGUAUUUAAAAAAAAACUCGCCAUAGAACCCAUAUUUGCCAACCUUUGUUUAGAAUGGAAGAUUGUUACAAUACUAUUUUUUUAAAAUGCCCUCAUAUUGUUGCAACCCGAAAGCCCCCUACUACUUCAAUGAAAAAAGAAAAACCAAAAUUACAUCAUAAAUCCCAUAAGUAUUUUUUUCAAUGCAAUUUCUGUGCCACAAUUUUGUUUUUGAAUUAAGCUAAGGCUUCUUUAGCCUUUUUUUAUUUUUAAAUUUUCCUAAAAUCCCAGCUCAAGCGCCUUAUCCUUUGAUUAAUUAGGAUUUUCUCACUCUUUUUCCUUUCUAAUGAUGAAAUAACUGCAUAUUUUUCCAUUUUUAAGUAGCACCAUUUAAAAGAAAAACGAAAAAAACAUUUUAAUAAAAAGCUGGAAUUAUAUUGUAAAAAAAACAUAAUACUACUUGGUAUGUUACGUAAGUGGAAUACCAACAAAUAAGUAGGUAUGUGCGAAAACCUACAAUCCAACAUCAUUUGUAAAAUCAUAUCUUAAAUAAUAUUUAAAACAUUUCAUAAUAUAAGGAGAUGAUAAUUGAAUUGUUAUGGUAAUUUAUUUUUUAAAUAAAACGUUUAAUUACUUGUUUAUCCAAAAUAAAAUAAUAUUUUAAAUAUUAUUACAUAUAUUUUUUAUAUUAUAUUUAAUAAUAUUUAUUUGUUACACAAUUCAAUCCGUCUCGUAGCCUUCUGUAGAAUUGCGUCUACCAAUGAUUUGUGAAUUUUUACAGUGUACAUAUUCUUGUGUUUUAAAGCAAAGCCUAAUCCUAGGCCGUUGAAGUGGAUAUAUCUACUUAGAUCUCUCUUAAUUUUAUUUAAAAAAAAAAGGUUUUUAUUAAAGAUAUUUUUUCAUCUGUACUUUUGUCUGAUAUUUCCGUACAUUCUUAUAAAUUAUGAAAAAGUUCAUAAGUAAAUACUUUCAUAUUUUUAAUAAAUUCUCUUGCAAAGUUCAUUUUCAAUUAAUUAAGAAUACACAAGAAAAAGAGUAUAAGUGUAAAAACAUAAAUAAUAACAGCUCAGCUAAUAAUGUGAUUAUUAAAAUAUGAAAGAAAAAAUAUGGAUAGAAUGCUCCAAGCAUUCAAACAUGCCAAAAAAAAACAGAAUAAAAUCGUUGAAAAAAAAAGAAAAGUAUAAAAUGAAAAAAAAAAUGUUCGAACAAUAUGGGUAUAAUUAAGGGGAAAAUCAUAAAUGCAUAGUAGAUACAGUAAACCAAAAAAAUGUAGUAAAGAAUUUUCACAUGUUGUUGGCUAAAGAAUUUCAGAAACAAAAUAACAUAGAGAAACCACGUUAUAUUUUUUAAAAACCAUCUCUAGCCCAUCUCUAGCUGAUCUCUGCAUAUUUUCACGACAAACAAACAAAAAAAAACUAACUAAUAAAACAUUUUUAAAUAUGCUGAAAUAUAAUAAAAACGGAUUGCAUGCGUUCCCCACAAAUGGAAAAAGAGAGAAAAUUUAGAAAUUAUAUAUUAAAAAAAUGAUAUCACUUCAAUGAAAGAAAAGUUUAAGAAAAAAAACUUUUAGAUCGAUAUCCUUAGUACGUAAGAUAUAGAUAAAAAGUAUUCACGCAAUGCCGCCAAUUAAAAACAAAAACAGUGUAAUAAAAGAAAGUCAUAGGUAGGAAGACGCUUUUGUAAAUAAUAAAAUUCACAAAUUUUACACAUAUUAAGUAUACUAAAUUAUAUAAGAAAACUAUAGAUGCGAAUUCACAAAAAAAAUUGAAAGAUAUAUGAAAAAUGUUUAACAUCUGGUGAAGUUUAUUCACAUUAAAGAGAAUUAACCAUUUUAUUCAUGGAUGGACUGAAAAACCGUAGUGUUGAUCGUUUUAUGAAAAAUUAUUCGCAAAUUCUAUAACUUAGAUUUGGCUAAUAGAGCCUAUUUAUAGCAUUAAAAAAUAAUUAGUUAGUUCAAAUUUAUGAAAGAAUGUACAAUAUUGUAAUUUAAAAUGAAUUUGUUGCAGAUACAUAAUUCAGAACCUAAUUUUGCCUCAUUUCGUUAAGUUAAUUCUUUAAAUGAAUGUAAUAUUUAAAUUUGGACGUUAGUUUCAAAUAAAUAAAUAAACGCGUUAAAAACUU